AUGCCGGACUUCCUGGUGAGCGCAGUGACGGGGGCCUUGAGCCCCGUCCUGGACAAGCUUGGCGCUUUGCUCAGCGAUGAGUACAAGCGUUUCAAAGGCGUGCGUGGUGAGGUCAAGUUCCUCAUUCGGGAACUGGAAGCCAUGCACGCCUUCCUUCUCAAGAAGUCGGAAGAGGAGAAUCCUGAUGCGCAAGACAAGGCGUGGAUGAAGGAGGUGCGAGAGCUCUCCUACGACAUCGAGGACAGCCUCGAUGACUUCAUAGUCCGUGUUGAUGACGACUCGGCGAAACCAGAUGGCUUCAUCGACAAAUGCAAGAAGCUACUCCAAUUGGACAAGACCAAGGCCCGCCGUCGGAUUGCCAAGGAGAUUGAAAAGCUGAAAGGCCAAGUCAAGGAGGUGAGUGAAAGGAAUGCAAGAUACCGGCAGAUCAGCAAUACUGUCAUGAACACAAGCAACAACAUCGUGGAUCGAAGAGCUCUUGCCAUAUUUGAGGAUGCUUCAAGGCUCGUGGGUAUCGAUCAACCAAAACAAGAGAUAAUUUCAUUUCUGAAGAAGGAAGAUGGUGGUAUUUCAUCACAACAACCGAAGAUAGUCUCUAUCGUGGGAAUUGGAGGAGUUGGAAAGACAACCCUUGCAAAUCGAGUGUACGAAGAGCUGAAGGAUCAGUUCCAGUGCCGAGCUUUCUUGUCGGUGUCACGGAAUCCUGACAUGGUUAAGAUUUUGAGAACCAUUCUCAGCGAGCUGACAUGUCAAGCUUUUUAUAUGACAGAAGGAGCAAGCAUGCAACAGUUGGUCAUGAAAAUCCGUGAAUUCCUUCAGACAAAAAGGUACUUCAUUGUAAUCGACGAUGUAUGGGAUGUGGAAACAUGGGACACAAUUAAGUAUGCAUUGUCAAACAAUAGUUGUGGUAGUGUCAUAAUAAUCACAACUCGGAUUCAUGAUGUGGCCAAAGCAUGUUGCUCAUUAUAUUCUGAUGGUUUGGUUUACCAACCAAAGCCUCUUCAAGAACAGGACUCAAAAAGGUUGUUCCAGAACAGAAUAUUUGGUCUCAGAAAUGAAUGCCCAGAAAACCUAAAAGAAGUCGCUGAUAAGAUCUUGAAGAAGUGUGGAGGUUUACCAUUAGCCAUUAUUGCAAUAUCUGGUUUGUUAGCUAACAAAGCACGGAAUGAAGUUCACUCGGUCACAGAGUGGGAUCAAGUCCAAACUUCUAUUGGUCAUGGACUUGAGAGAGAUGAUAUUGUGGAGGGAAUGAUGGGAAUAUUAUCACUCAGUUACUUUGAUCUUCCUCAUCAUUUAAAAGCUUGCCUAUUAUAUCUUAGUAUAUUCCCUGAAGAUUAUGAAAUUGAGAAAAGACGUUUAGUGCAGCUAUGGGUUGCAGAGGGGUUCAUUCCUGCCGAAUCUACAUGCACCUUGUACGAAUUGGGAGAGAAGUAUUUUAAUGAGCUCAUCAAUAGAAAUUUAAUCCUUCCAGGGGUAAUGAAUAAGUGGACUGGCGAGCUGUACACCUGUCGUGUCCAUGAUACAAUUCUUGACUUCAUCAUGUGCAAGUCCACCGAAGACAACUUUGUUGUAGUACAUGAUGGUAUUCCAAGACUAGCACCUCCACCAGGAAUCAAGGUUCGUCGAUUGAGUCUGCAAGGUGAAGCUGAAGGAGAUGCGACCUUACAUUCGAACCAGAUUUAUGCAAAUGUCCGAUUCUUGCGUGUCCUACACGUCACGGGCACAUUUUUAGGAAACCAUCAUCUUGCAAACAUUGGAGAAUUAGCCCAGCUGAGGGUGCCAAGGUGGAUGAAGUCUCUUGUCAACAUUGAAGAAUUGGAUAUGAGAAUAAAGAAAUUGGAUGAGGAAAGUCUUUGUAUUCUCGGUGACCUACCAGUUCUUGUCGAUCUAAGACUGGAGAUAUUAAAGAACGUUGAAGACAAACAACGUCUUCUGAUCAGCAACAGGUAUGGAUACAGAAGCUUGAGGCAUUUCAAGGUAGAAACAUUGGAUGGGCGCCACAGUAUCUCCAUGCUGACGUUUGAAGCUGGAUCCAUGCCAAAGCUGGAACGACUCCAUAUUGACUCUGAUGCAGAUAUAACAAUUUCUUUGAGCCAUGGUCGUCUUGAUUUUGGUCUCAAGCAUCUCUCCCAACUCACGGUGGUCUUGUGUGAUAUGUUCGGCACCAAACUGAAUAUUUUGCGUCUAGAAGUUGCCAUUGAGAAAGAGUUUGCCAACCACCCGAAGCUUCCACAUUUCGUAAAACAUCAUUACCCUUCAACCGAAGGCGAGAGGAGCAACCGAGAACGCCUAAGGCCGCGAAGACGCAGCCAGUUGACAGUUCACACAACUCAGCCAAAGCCUCCCUCCAUAGCUGACUUGUCGGGACAAGAAGUUGUUCAGGAGCCAGCAGACGAUGUCGUCAUCUGCACUUCAGGUGAUGACAAGACAAUCUCCUCCACCACGGACGACAACACCAGCGCCGGCCAGUCGUUGACUGCAGCACUGCCACUCCCCACGGACCUGUCCUUCACCAUCCACCAUCACGGCGCCUCCCCUGGCCUUGGCCAUCGACAUGGCCAGCAACGACGCCGAUCAAAAGCUCGCCAGGGCGCCACCAUCCGUGGACAAGAAUUGGUUGAGGGUGCACCAGUUCUUCCAGAUUGCGUCAAGGGAACUUCAGGGGCCGCCCCAACCUCUGAUGUUCUGGGGCCUCGACUCGUUGCUGCUCCUCAGCAACAGGCUUUAGUGCCACAAUGCUUCACAUUCUUUUCCGGAUCACCUCCCAAAGCUGAAGCUGAACAAGAGGCAACGGACUGUUAUGAGCCGUCGCAACAUUACGACCUAGUAAAUGCCUUCAACGGGCUUUCCUUGCGCAACGACCACCCUGGUUCAAGUGCCACGUCUGUCGAAGCAGCCUCGUCGGACACCGGUAAUGAUUUUCCUCUGUUCUGCUUGCUCCGGGUCUCGUCUCUUUUGAAAAGUUAA